AUGAGCCUAUCUUUUUAUGAAGGAGAAUGCAAAUUCUCUACUUCAGAAGAUUUUGUUUUGAAAUUACUAUCGUGUGUGUUCAAUAGAUGUUUAUCUCAGGAUUUCAACCUCAUUGUCAAGCCGAAAAUCAUCGACACCGAUGGCGAAAUCCGAGCACACAAGAGGCGCAGCGCCGAAGAAACCGAAGCAGCUCACGAUCUCCUCUCUCUGUCUCAAAGCCUACCUCCCCUACCAGCCCCUAGCGUGGUCACGAUUCACCACUCGGUACCCACAGAAGAAGACCCACCGAGCCCCAAACAUUGCUACAGACCAUUCAUCCCCUCUGCACCCGAAAAAAGUACAACAGGUGGAAAAGACGCAUGUCCCAAAACACCUGUUGAACUACCAAGGCCUAGCGAGACAUACAGAAAUGUCCAACAGAGUAAAUCACCUGUUGCGAUGUCACUUCAGCCUCCAGCGAGCGCCCAAACGGUACCACUCCAGCAAGCGACCCCUGUUAUAGUGCAAACAGCGCCAUCUGUAGUGAUGCCUUGUCCCAUAGUGUAUGUGGUUCAGAUGCCUAAUACUGCCCCCACUCCUCCAGCUUCCGAUAGUUCUUCGGACGCUGACAACGUGCAAUAUGGCUUCGUAGAGAGAUUCAACACCAACGUUCCGAUUCUUCCUGAGCAGAACGAAGAUAUAAUUAUUCUGCCAUUGUCUCCUGAGCCUAUGGUUCAAGAUGUCAGGGACAGCGGUGAUGAUCAGAAGGGAAAGUGUGAUAUGGCAAUGUCGCAGUUUAGCUUGCCUGAUAGGCGAAAGAGGAGCAGUAAGAGGGGAAAUGAUGGGGAGGUUAUGGAGAACAAUAAUGACAGCUUGGAGAGCGAUAACAAUGUUCACUCCAGGCUUGAAGGAGGUACUACUACGAGUUCUAAGACGAAGUUCUUCAAGGUCGUUGAAGACGAUGAAGAAGACGAAGAGAUCGACGUCGAAGGCACCGACGACCCCUGCAAGAACCGCUACGUCUGCACCGAGUGCGGCAAACAAUACGCCACCUCCAGCAACCUCUCCAGGCACAAACAGACGCACAGAAGCCUAGACUCGCAGUCAGCCAAAAAAUGCAUGACCUGCGGCAAAGCCUACGUCAGCAUGCCCGCCUUAGCGAUGCACCUGCUGACGCACAAGCUCGCUCACGGGUGUGGCGUGUGCGGCAAGCAGUUCUCGCGACCUUGGCUGCUCCAAGGCCACCUGAGAUCGCACACGGGGGAAAAGCCUUACGGGUGCGCGCAUUGCGGCAAGGCGUUCGCUGACAGGUCGAACCUGCGCGCGCACAUGCAGACGCAUUCGAGCGACAAGAUCUACAGCUGCCCGAAGUGCCACAAGACGUUCGCUCUGAAGUCGUACCUGAACAAGCAUCUGGAGAGCGCUUGUUUGGUGGUGGAUGCGAAGAGUUAUCGUACGUAUAAGAAGGGGACUGCGCAUGCGGAGACUCAGACCAUCACCGUCGAUUGAGUCGGUGGGUUUUAGAUGUGCUCAAGGUUUCUUUAAAGUUGAUUUGGUUGAUACUCUUUCCGGUUUGUGGGUUGUAUUGCAGUUUUGCGUUGUUUUCAUUUUCAUUUUGCUAAUCAUUCGUUGCAGUCAAAGUUCGAUCAGGGAAUAAGUGAGGGGGAACUCGAAGGUUUGAAAGUCAUAGCCACUCGAAACAGCAAAAUUGGAUAUCUCAUACAAUGAGUUUGUAUAGUACGUCCCUCUCGAAACCUUUGAUCUGUUGGAUAUUUUCGAAAACUAUUUGGUUUGUUUCAAUGGGAGUUCGGUAAUUUGUGGCGAAAAUUGAGAAAAGACUUCAAACAUUCCUCAAUUGUCCACUUAUGGAUUGAUAAUAUCACUUGAUAAUUCAUAAACUUAGCAAGAAAUCAAUGUGAACACUCUUUUUUGAUGAAUGAUCCAACAGUUGCUGAAGAACGUGUCAAAUAACUAGAAACAAUGGAAUCCUCGAGAAACAAUGCCUAAUUCUCUAGCAAAAUUUCAUUUCAUGCAAUAUAUAUUGGAUUCUUUAAAAAUAACUAUCUUUCCAUCACAUACCCAAUAUCCAAUUCAUGCUAACCAUCUUCAAUCGAUGAUAUUAUUUGUUCAAAGUAUAAUCCUCAGCGAAUUCUGACGAAAAGAUUAUAUCAACACUCUUGAAUAAAUUAUCCAAGGUAAUAAUUUCUGCUGGAAUUAUCGAGAAUUCGAUAUGAAGGGUCUUGAC